GCUUCAGACGUCACUCCCGUCUCUGGUAUUGCGUGUCAACAUGGCGGCUUCCAUGGCAUCCCAGGCUGCAGUUAGAGGACUGAGGACAACCACAACAAAGCACGUCUUCCUGGACAAGUUAAAGUAUACCUGGCUGAAUCCCAGGAGAUGGCUAAACCUACAAGAGUACCAGAGCAAGAAGCUGAUGCAGGACAGCGGCGUGGCGGUUCAACGCUUCUACGUGGUUGACACAGCUUCUGAAGCCCAGGAGGCUGCAAAGAGACUCGAUGCCAAGGAAAUAGUCCUGAAAGCUCAGAUUCUGGCUGGUGGCAGAGGCAAGGGCGUGUUCGACAGUGGCCUUAAAGGUGGAGUGCACUUAACUAAGGACCCUGCAGUUGUUGGUGAGCUGGCUAAAAAGAUGCUCGGCUUCAACCUGACUACCAAGCAGACGCCCAAAGAUGGAGUGAAAGUGAAAACAGUGAUGGUUGCUGAGGCUCUGGACAUAAGCAGAGAGACAUAUUUUGCCAUCCUAAUGGAUCGGGCAUGUAAUGGUCCAGUAAUGGUGGGAAGCCCUAAGGGAGGGAUGGAUAUUGAGGAGGUGGCCACCACCACCCCAGAACUCAUCUUUAAGGAAGUCAUAGAUAUAUUUGAAGGAGUGCGAGACGACCAGGCACUGCACAUGGCAGCUAAUUUGGGUUUCAAAGGACCUUUGCAAAGACAGGCAGCAGAUCAGAUUAAGAGGCUCUAUGAUCUGUUCCUGAAAGUCGACGCCACUCAAGUUGAAGUCAAUCCGCUCGGAGAGACUCCCGAAGGACAAGUGGUUUGCUUCGAUGCCAAAAUCAACUUUGAUGACAACGCUGAGUUCCGUCAGAAAGAUGUGUUCGCCAUGGAUGACAUGACAGAGAGCGACGCAACAGAGAUGGAGGCGGCCAAGUGGGAUCUUAAAUAUAUCGGAAUGGACGGAAACAUUGCCUGCUUUGUGAAUGGAGCUGGUCUUGCCAUGGCAACAUGUGACAUCAUUGACCUCCAUGGAGGAAAGCCGGCUAAUUUCCUAGACCUUGGGGGCGGUGUCAAAGAGAGGCAGGUGUAUGAGGCUUUUAAGCUGCUGACUGCUGACCCAAAGGUUGAAGCCAUCUUGGUCAACAUCUUUGGAGGCAUCGUCAACUGUGCCAUCAUUGCCAAUGGCAUUACCAAAGCUUGUCGAGAGCUGGAGCUCAAGGUCCCACUGGUGGUCAGGCUCGAAGGGACAAACGUGCAUGAAGCAAAGAGGAUCCUGACCGAAAGCGGCCUGCCCAUCACAGCAGCCGAAGACCUGGACGACGCCGCCAAGAAAGCAGUGGCUGCCAUCAGGAAAUGAAGAGCUGUUUGUGACCUCUCCACCCCCCAUGGCUUCCAUCACCAGCAGCCUUUUUCUUUUACAAAGACCUCCAGAACUUCAAGUUUUUGCUCUAACUGACUCUGCUUUUUCUCUUUAAAAACUUAAAUAGGUGCUCACCUCAAUAUCUGUAUCAAACUUUCUAAAGCAUUGUAUUUUCACGUUAAUUAUUCUCAUUUUAUGUUGAUUGGGAAAAAUUUCCAAAUUUGUUUAGGGAAUAUUUUAAAACCAUUUGGGUUUUCAGAGCCUCCUACAGAAAAUGGAUUGAGGUUUAUCACUUUCAUUCCACUGCAUUCCAUUUUCUAGUGCAGAUAUGCUUAUCUCUCUACAUAUUAUGGUCAUUGUGUUGAUUUAUUAGGGGAAAAAAAGAUGUUUUAUAAGCAGAGGGUCUAACAGUAAAACUGUGAACUCUUCCAUUGUAGCUAAACCUAAAGGAAGCAAGAGGUUUGGUGCAAACUGUCCCCUUGAAGGCCCAGGUUAGUAACAGCGCAUUGUGUGUGUCUUAUGUUUUUUUCUACAUCAUGUCUUACGUUUAAAGUGCUAAUUCCAUAUACUUGUGCCUGACAAAUGAAGGUUUAAGGUUUUGGAUGUUAUCAUGACAGCUCUAAUUGGUUUCUCAGUUAUAUGUUGAAAAUACAAUGGGAGAAAAUAUUUUAUAAAAUCAUGAAUGUAAAUUUAUAACUGAAUUAAAGGUGGAAAGUUCUGUACAUAAUCUGAGAGAUUAAAAACAGACAUGUCAAAGUGAA